UCAAAGUUUACCCUUCACUUGGCCAUGGAAGGGUCUUCUUCAAGAGGGAAUCAGAACAACGAGAACAGCGAAGAGACCGGGAGCAAGAGGGGAUUGCGGUCACGAUGCGAUCCACCCCGGUACCGAGGGAUCCGGCGGCGGCCCUGGGGCAAGUUUGCGGCUGAGAUCCGGGACCCCUCGAGGAAUGGCGCGCGCCUCUGGCUCGGGACCUUUGAGACGGCGGAGGAGGCCGCUCGCGCCUACGACCGGGCCGCCUUCGCCUUCCGGGGCCAUUUGGCCAUCCUCAACUUCCCCAACGAGCAACAGUACUACGCUCCGAAUGACCACUACGUCUCCGGCCACCGCGGUUCUUUCUCCGCAUCUCUGUCGCCGCCGCCGCCGCCGUUCUCUUCGCCAAGUUCAUCGUCGUCUGCCGUGUCAGCUCCCGCCGAGCCAUCCAGAGAUGUGAUCGAGUUCGAGUAUCUGGACGAUAAGUUGUUGGAGGAACUGCUGAACUCGCACUGCGACAUGUAG